AUGUCACUUUUGCGAAGAGCACAGCAAUGGGGUACAUUUACUCAAAUGUGGCAUAUCUAUGAUGCAAAAUGGCAAGAUCCAUACGAUAGCGCAAAACUGAUAGCUCAUUACCUCAAAGGAUUGUACAAACCCAUAUAUCAUACUAUGAAUUUAUGUGGUGAUCAAGUUGUUGUUAUAAAUAGUCAAGAUAUAGCUUUAAAAGGUAAUGAAUGGGAAAUGCGAGUUUACUUCCACCAUAAUACUUACCAUCGUGGUGCUAGUUGGACAAAAGCAUGGGAAUUACAUAAAAAAGAUCCUACCAUGAUUAUGGAGAAAGCUGUUUACAGAGCUUUAGGGAAUAAUAUUCCAAGAAGAUAUCAUAUGCAACGACUUCACAUUUAUUAUAAUGAUCAGAUUCCAGAAAAAAUCAAACAAAAUAUUGGCAACCAAAUUAAACAGUUACGGCCAGUACCACAAAGACUUGAUCACAUCUCACAAGAUGAUAUCGAAAAUUUCCCUCAAAUUUUAAAAUUACCACAAACCUAUGUUUUAAGAUAA